AAUACUUUGCACUAUUUGUAGGUGAUAGCAGCUUUCGUAGCAGCUCUUUACCACGUGGCUGGUGGCAUUUCAGCAAGCUACUCUGGAAUCUUAAUGCCUUUCCUGCAGCGAAAUAUAACCAACGACACAUUUGACAGUGAUCUCACGGCAACCACAGCAGAAUGUUCCUGGAUUGCUAGUGUAGUGGUUCUGAUCGUCCCAGCAGGAGCAAUCAGUGGGGGAUUCAUAAUGGAUAGUAUCGGAAGACUGAAUACUAUAAAACUAGCUACUGUUCCAACGAUCUUGGGAUGGUGUUUGAUAGCUGCUGCUACAAAUGUCAACAUGAUUAUAGCUGGGAGAUUAUUUUGUGGAUUUGGUUCCGCAUGGGGUACUAUUCCUGCCACAGUUUAUAUUAGUGAAAUCUCAAGAGCAGACUUGAGAGGGGCCCUCGUUUCAUUCACACCAACCUUGGCAUCACUUGGCAUGUUGAUAUGUUUCGCAAAAGGUUCUUUUUUGCAUUGGAGAACGGUAGCAUGGAUGGCCAACUUAUAUGUUGUGGUGUCAGUGGUUCUGCUUUUCCUCAUUCCUGAGAGUCCAGCGUGGUUGAUAUCCAAGGGAAGAGAUGAAGAAGCAGCGGCAUCUCUGAGGUGGAUCCACAAAUAUCAACCACAACCGCAAAAUAGGUUUUUUUACGUUGAAUCGUUGAAGCGAACAACCAACAACAUGUUUGUCAACACUAUAGGUACUUCUGAUCAGACGUGGGUUCCAGUUGCUUUACUUGUCAUGUACGUGGUGACGUGUAUGAUUGGACUCUUGCCUCUUCCGUGGACCAUAACAGCUGAGCUCUUCCCCAUCGAAAUCAGAGGGGUUGCCAACAGCCUCUCUUUUAGUAUGGCCAACGUAUUCAUGUUUGGAGCAAUUCAGUCCUUCUGGACAAUGGACCGUCUCUUUGGUGGCAUGGCAGGAAUUCAGUGGUUUUACGCGGCCGUCGCUUUUAUUUCUUCAAUAUACUCGUUUAUUUUCUUGCCGGAAACCCACAGGAAGAAGUUAACAGAGAUAUCUGAGUAUUUCCUUACUAAUACUAUAUAUCUCGGGUCUACAAAAUCUGCUGGAAAGUUACAGCACAAUAGAGUCAGCAAAGAACAUUCUGCCGAGUUGAAUAUCGAACAGGGUGAAACUCUGUUGGUGAACAGAAAAGACUGA